CAAGAAGAGCAUCAUUACAGCAAUAACCAAUAUCAAUGAAGCAGUGAGAAGACCAAACCACAGGAGGCAGAAUCCAUUUGCCUUUGGUUAGAAGAAAAAUGUCUCCGGAAAUAAAUAGCAGCACAGAGGACCCAUGUAAUGUGGAUUCUGAAUUCAGAUACAAAUUCUUUACAGUGACUUACAGUAUUAUUUUUAUCAUUGGAUUCGUUGCCAACAGCUAUGUAUUGUGGGUUUUUGCAAAGCUUUAUCCUGCUAAGAGGCUGAGUGAUAUCAAAAUUUUUAUGAUUAAUCUCACGGUGGCCGACCUCCUAUUCUUAGUGACUUUGCCUCUCUGGAUUGUUUACUAUAAUUAUAGAGGCGACUGGGUAAUGCCAGCAUUUCUCUGCAAUGUGGCAGGCUGUUUCUUUUUCAUUAACACAUAUUGCUCAGUAGCCUUUCUAGGAGUCAUCAGCUACAACAGAUUUCAGGCUGUAACAAAGCCUGUGGAAAUAGCCCAAUCAACAGCAAGGAUAAAAGGGAUCUGCAUUUCCACUGCUGUGUGGAUAGUCGUAUUCGGAAGCUCUUUGUACUUUCUUGUUACACCCGGCACCAAUCUGGUACAAACUAAUGAUGGACUUAACUACACCCGCUGCUUUGAAGGAUACAACCUAGAUAAUAGGGACCCUGUGGCUGUCAUCCACUUCAUUCUAAUUGCUGCUUUCUUUGUUGUGUUCCUCAUCAUAUUAAUUUGUAAUGUGGUGAUUUUUAGAACUUUAACCACCCAGUCAGUGGCAGCCAAGCAGAGUGUAGAGAUGAAACGUCGUGCUCUGUACAUGGUAGUCACAGUACUUGGAGUUUUUGUGCUAUGUUUUGUCCCGCACCACAUUGUGCAUGGACCCUGGACUCUCACAGUGCUGAGGCUGUGGCAUGAGAAUGACUGUGGCUUUCGACAGACAUUGAAUGAUGCACAUCAAAUCACAUUGUGCAUUAUGAGCACCAACUGCAUGCUGGAUCCUAUUAUCUACUGCUUUCUCACCAAGAAGUUCCGGAAACACCUUUCUGAACGCAUCCAGACUAUGAAAAGAAGUCGUAAGUUAUCCAGAAAUACUACUGACACUAACUUAGAAGGCACGUUACCGCUCAGAGAGAAGCAAGCUAGCACUUGUGACCCCUAGUAUGAGGAAGCAUUUUAAUGAUUGUUUGAUAAUUGAACUAAAACACAAUAUGUCUGGCUUAACAUUUGCCCACGGACAUAAGGAAUAUGUGGGUUGGCUG